CGAUACAGGUCAAGACUCGGAGGUCGAAAAGUCUAAUUCCAAAGUCUACAGAUGGGUCCCAGAACCCAUUGAGAGGGCUGAUGGAGAUGACGGACUUGCUCAUUGAGGAGGCUGAGAUGCAGGCUUCCUCAAGAAAACUAUCAGCCCCAGCUGUAAGAUCUCACUACCCUCAAUGGGCCAGACAUCUGGCAAGUGAUUCACCUCCCCCUCAUCAACAGAAGCACCCAGAACAUCAAACGCUCGACCUUGGCAAAAGAAUGGCGCAAACCGCAGUCCAAGGCUUUCAUUCUGGGAAACCUUGCCUUUCGGAGACACUACAACCAGGUAGCAGCAUGGAAGAAUAUAAAGGUCUGACAGAUAAUGAACUUAUUGCACGUUUGAAGAAGUACAAUAUCUCACAUGGACCUCUUGUUGGAACAACUCGGAAACUUUAUGAAAAGAAAGUCUACGAAUACGAGAAAGAACGAAAACCACUGUCUUCAUAUCGAGAGUCAGGGUCCUACACAGAGCCAAGUAGCACCAGUGAAAGCUACGUACGAGAGACUUUUGUGAGUCCACGGAGCAGGGAAACUCUCAGCUAUGGACGAGAAGCUCUUGGCUCUGGAAGGGUUUAUGUCAGAGAAAACUAUGACUCUCCAAGAACUGAGGAAUAUUACUCUUAUAGAAAUGAAGAUUCCAGUCCCAGCAAGUCCUACCUGAGUCAUAAUUAUGGUUUGUCCCAUAAUGAAGAACAGUCCAGCUAUGCUCCAAAAGAUUGGGACAUCAAUUCUUCGGAGACUUCAACAUCUUUCUACCGCCAGUCUGCAUCAUCAUUAAGCAGUGAUGUUCUUCCAGGGUCAGUGAGUGCCCGCCAACCGAUUGCAGAGCCAUAUCCCUACAGUUCCAGUCGGCAUGAUCUGUCAACUGAGAGGGACAGCAGUUCAUACCAGAGCGUCUUCCAACGGAAAUCAUCUGGUCUGUCCUCUCUGGGUGUAGAGCCACGUCGUGCCAUCCACCCUGAGCGCCAGGCCCAAACAGCAGCAGCAGCAGCAAAGGCUUCAGAUAGAAGUGCAGGCACCAAGCGCUACUUACCCCUCUGGCUCCAGCUCCUGGUCUUUAUUCUGCUGGCUGGCUUCUUGGCCUUUGUCUACUUCUACCUGCAAGAUGGUGCUAAUGACAACCCUUUUGCAAAAUAUUUUAAGCAGUGAGUCCUUGAAGCCUCAGGCACGUUGUAUGUUCCAAUGAGCCUGGAAUAUUUUAUAGUAUUUCUUAAACCCCAAAGUGAAAUGGUGUAUUGGGGUUAGGGGUGCGUGAGGGCAUCUCACUAACUUCUCUGAAUUAUGGCAGCUCCCCACCCUUCUCCCCAUCCCUUAAAUCACCUAUCGUGGGGCAUUUAAUCAUCUAUUUUUGUAGCUUCUGCUUUAUAAUCAGGGUGUGGGUUGGCAGAAUGGUUGGGGUCCUUUUCCUCCAAAGGAGAUAAGACAUAUAAGAAAGAAGACCAAUGUAGACUAUCAACAGCUUUAAAAUAUAAAUAAUUGUAUGGAAUUUCCAAUAAACUCCACUGAUUUUUUUUCUAAA